AUGGGAGAAGAAUUUCAUGCAAUGGUUGUGACCAUAGUAAUAAUCACAAUACUUUUCAUGGUGUUGAAAUGCAUUUUGAAGAGAAUUAGUAAAAAGGUAGUGGUUACUCAAAAUGUGGAGUCACCUACCACUAAUGGUCUCUACAAAUUCACAAAUGUUGAGAUUGAGAAUGCUUUAAACAUUGGUAAUAUGAGAAGAAGAAAGUGGAUAGCACAUGGAAGAAGAGGAGAGUUUUAUCAAGGGAUAUUACCAAGUGGACAAAAUGUGGCUAUUAAAGAGAUGCACAAAACAAAAGAUGCAAUGGACUCUUUUAUUAGGGAAGUUGAGUGUCUAUCAAGAGCUAGGCAUCCUAUCAUUCUUAGCAGCAUUCUUUUGAGUGAGACAUUUGAACCAAAGCUAUGUGGAUUUGGGCAAUCAAAAAUGCUAGGAAUGGAAGAAAGCAAAGUAUUUGGAGAUGUUUUGGAAAAUGGAAUAUACACAGACCCUGAAUACAAAAAGUGUGGGUUACUCACUUGUGCAGAAACUGACAUUUAUAGCUUUGGAGUUAUAAUGUUGCAAGUCCUAUCUGGAACAAAAAUUCCUCACUUUGAUCAAGAUGCCAGUCACACAUUGUUAACAAAGGCGAAGGAUGUAAGUACAGGAAAGCUUCCAAUCUCUGAGUUUGAAGAUCCGAGGUUGAAAGGGAAACUAAUAAACCACGAAGCAUUGAAAUCCAUAUUGCACAUUGCAGUAAUUUGUGUGUCUGAAACAAGAAUAGAGCGCCCAACAAUAAACCUAGUUUAUGAAGAGCUCAACAACAUUUGGAUGCUAAUGAGCAAUAUUGGUUGGCCUAUUAAUAUUCCUCCUCAUGUCUAG